CGACGACCUCAAUUCAAUAUCGCGUCUCAAGCAAUUGAGCAACCAACAAGAUGCUUUCGACAGCUAGGUCAAGAGCUUUUGUUCGGCUCUCCAGAAGAGCACAAUUUUCUGCCAGAAGAGCCUACGCAUUCUCUGCCAACGAUAACAAAGAGAUCAACGAUCCAACUCCCUCGAAAGAGGUGCCGAACGUCUCUAAGAGCAACGAGGUUCCAAUAGAAACCCCACACCGAGAUGCGCCGCUACAGGAGAGCAUAGAGGAAGCGGAGAAGUUGAGAGUUAUGCAGGCUCCAAAUCGAGCUACUGUGUGGUCACGAAGUCAGAACCCGAGGGCAAAGGCUAUGUCAGGACCAAGAUUUGAGCAGACCAUUAUGGAGCUACAGCCUGCACCACAAGCUGCAAUUGAUUUGAUUCACAAGCAGCCAGUACGAUGGACACAUGAGCGAGUUGUAGCCUGUGAUGGAGGCGGAGGACCAUUGGGACAUCCAAGAAUCUUUAUCAAUACAGACAAGCCUCAAAUUUGCAUGUGCACUUAUUGUGGUCUUCCCUUUGCAAACGAACAUCAUCGCAAGCAUCUCGAAGCCCUUCCAGAUACUGCUUACCCCCUUGCUCCCCGUGGAGAUGCUGCUGAGAUACCUGAAUCUCAAAGAAUCACAGAUGAAGCGCUAGGACAACGAUAGACGUCGGAGUUUGCAAGUGUGAAGAAUUGAUUAUACUGUACAUAUGGAAUGCACCAACAUUCGAAUGCUAAGGCAUGGCGUCGUGAAUUGAGGGAGCUUUUCGAGCAGCAAUAUUCCCUUUGCUUCACCUUGUGACUCCUUUCAGCAUGCUCUAAAAAUGUUCCUCUCAGUCGCUUGAAAGGGUGCGGCCGCAAAGUUCAAUCUUUCUAUAUAUCUUGUAGAAGGUCUUGAAAACCUAGAAUCAAAAUGCAAACAGGAUUCAAUCAUUGUGUG